GACAUAUAGAUACCACAGCUUGAAGAUUUGGUCAUGACCUGUUCAAGCCCUGGGGUGUAGUUUUUUCCAUUUUCACUCGGUAACCAUCUCUAUCACCAUGACCUUAUAAAUACACUCGUUCAACCUCAAUCCACCAACAAACAUACAUCCAACAAUAAUGGCUGAUCAAAACGAGCCCUACCACCAUCACUCGGUCUAUCGGUUCUACCCGACCGAAGAAGAACUUAUUUCCUUUUACCUUACAAACAAACUCCAAGAACAUAGGACACACGAUAUCCAUCGCGUUAUACCCGUUGUUCAUGUCUAUGAACACAACCCUAGCCACCUCCCAAACUUAGCAGGAGAAUUAUGCCGACGGGACACUGAGCAGUGGUUUUUUUUUGUGCCGAGGCAAGAAAGGGAAGCGCAAGGAGGAAGGCCUAGCAGGACCACAGCCUCAGGCUACUGGAAAGCCACCGGUUCGCCAUCUUACGUUUACUCAUCUGACAACAAAGUGAUUGGAGUGAAGAGGACGAUGGUGUUUUACGAAGGCAGGUCUCGUAGCGUGAAGAAAACCGUAUGGAAGAUGAAUGAGUAUCGCGCGAUUAAAGAAGAAGUAGACGAAAAGAGUAGCAACCCUUUUCCCGUUCCAAAGUUACGACAUGAGAUGAGCCUAUGUAGAGUGUAUGUGGUAUCCGGAACUACAAGAGCAUUUGAUAGACGGCCUUCAGGAAUAGGUUGGUCGUCGAUGAUGGAGAUUGACAACACUACUACUACUACUACUACUACUGAAGAAGCUAGUAGGCGUAGUGCGUCAUCUUCUAGAAACACACUACAAAUAACGUCGUCGUCGUAUCAUGAUCAUCAACCAACAACAACUACUAGCACUACUUCUAGUUUCUCAUGUCCCGAAAGCUCCUACACGGACCAUGACACGUUUGACAUGCGGGAUAAUGUAGUAGGAAGCAGCCUACCUGAACAAGAAUGGCAACAUUUUUUUGGCUAAUUAUUAUUAACUAUAUAUAAAUAACUACUCGUAGAAUAUAAGUUUAAAUAUAUACGCCAAUAUAUAAAUAAGAUGAGAAAAGUGAUCGAAUUCAUUUA